AUGGAGUGGGUCCAUGGUCGAACUCCUCAUUUGAAGCUACCGAGAACAAAAGACGUGCUUGUAAAUGGACACACAGUGAAGGUGAAAUUCUGUGACACGUGUUUGCUCUAUCGUCCUCCUCGAGCAUCUCAUUGCUCCAUCUGCAACAACUGUGUUCAAAAAUUUGAUCAUCAUUGCCCGUGGGUUGGUCAGUGCAUCGGUAUACGAAAUUACAGGUUCUUCUACAUGUUCAUAACAACAUCAACAAUACUGUGCCUUUAUGUUUUCGUUGUCUCAUUUUACAACAUCGUCCACUGCAAUGGUAGUGUUUGGAAAGCCAUGUCACAUGAUUAUUUGUCAGAUGUCCUCGUUGUGUACUGCUUCAUUUCUUUCUGGUUCGUGGGUGGCCUCACAGUUUUCCACUUCUACUUGAUUAGCACAAACCAGACAACAUACGAGAACUUUCGAUACCGAUAUGAUGUAAAGGACAACCCGUACAACAGGGGGACGAUCAACAACUUCAAAGAAGUUUUCUUUUCCAAAAUCCCGCGCUCGUUGCACGAUUUUCGCGCAAUAGCCGAAGAAGAAGAUGAAAGCAUGGCAGUAAAUCGCGAUUUCACGGUGGAUACUAAUUUGACGAGCUCGAAAGAGAAAAUCGAUAUCGAGAUGGGUGGCAUUUUUUCGGACAACAGUAGUCUCACGCUUCCCGAUAUUCUGCGUAAUUUGGAGUACGAUGGGAUAGAGGAGAGUGUGAAGCAAAGGGAAGAGAAAAAGCCAAGAUACCCAGAACAAGACUUUCCCCUUUGCUUGUCCAUUUUCAGGCUGCAGAAGAACUGGAUACACACUAAGGGAGAAAUGGGUACAUUUACUCGGUUGCACAGCCUUUUGCUUUGCUUUCUCAUUGUUCAGAGUUCAUCAUUUCAAUCUUCUGCUACUGGGAUUGAAGCAAACCAGACAGUUGCUCUUCUCGUAAAUGCUUCUGAAGCAUCGGCUAAAAAGAUACCAUCGACCUUGUUCGGUAUAUUUUUUGAGGAGAUAAAUCAUGCUGGGGCUGGAGGAUUAUGGGCAGAGCUCGUCAGUAACAGAGGAUUCGAAGCUGGUGGACCCAACACGCCUUCGAAUAUUGAUCCAUGGUCGGUCAUUGGUGGCGAAUCAUAUCUAAUUGUAUCAACUGAACGUUCAUCAUGUUUCGAGCGGAACAAAAUCGCUCUAAGGAUGGAGGUUCUUUGUGAUUCCAAAGCAUGUCCUGCUGGUGGAGUUGGUAUUUAUAACCCUGGUUUUUGGGGAAUGAAUAUUGAACAGGGAAAGGCCUAUAAAUUAAUUCUCUAUGCUCGUUCGUUGAGGCCAAUUGACGUAACUGUGUCAUUAACUGGGUCGAGUGGAUUGACACUGGCUACAGCUAACAUUUUGGCUUCUGAUGUUUCGAAUUGGACUAAGUUUGAGCUUACUUUACAAGCAAAAGGAACUGAUCCAAAAGCAAGGCUUCAACUGACAACUACCAAGAAAGGUGUUAUAUGGUUUGAUCAAAUAUCUCUGAUGCCCAUAGAAACAUACAAGGGGCACGGUUUUCGCCAAGAUCUUUUCAAGAUGUUGAAAGAUUUAAGCCCAGGAUUUAUUAGAUUUCCAGGUGGUUGCUUUGUUGAAGGUGGAUGGUUAAGGAAUGCAUUCAGAUGGAAAGAAACUAUCGGGCCAUGGGAGGAAAGGCCGGGCCAUUUUGGUGAUGUUUGGCAUUAUUGGACUGAUGAUGGAUUUGGUCAUCUCGAGUUUCUCCAGCUUGCUGAGGAUUUAGGCGCGGCACCAAUCUGGGUAUUCAACAAUGGUAUCAGCCACAAUGAUCAAGUCGACACUUCCAGCAUUGCACCAUUUUUACAAGAAAUUCUGGACGGUAUUGAGUUUGCCAGAGGUGAUUCUAAGUCAAAAUGGGGUUCUGUUCGAGCCGCAUUAGGCCAUCCGGAACCCUUUGAUUUGAAAUAUGUCGCGGUUGGAAAUGAGGACUGUGGAAAGAGAAAUUACCGAGGAAAUUACCUCAAGUUCUAUGCCGCCAUUAAAAAUGCAUAUCCGGACAUCAAAGUAAUAUCAAACUGUGAUGGCUCCUCCCAGCCAUUGGAUCAUCCAGCUGAUUUAUACGAUUAUCAUAUUUAUAGCAGCGCAAAUAAUGUCUUUGCUUCGGCCCAGAAAUUUGACCGAGCAUCACGAAAUGGUCCAAAGGCAUUUGUGAGUGAAUAUGCCGUCACUGGGAAUGAUGCAGGAAAAGGUAGUCUUUUGGCGGCUCUAGCUGAAGCUGGUUUUCUUAUUGGUCUUGAAAAAAAUUGUGAUGCCGUAGAAAUGGCGAGCUACGCACCUUUAUUUGUGAACACCAAUGACAGAACGUGGAAUCCCGAUGCAAUCGUUUUCGACUCGUCUCAGCUGUACGGGACUCCUAGUUACUGGAUGCAGCACUUUUUCAAGGCCUCGAAUGGGGCCACACUUCUUAGUUCGACCCUGCAAUCGAACCCUUCGGGUACUCUUAUUGCCUCUGCUAUCACUUGGAAAGAUACAGAUAACAAGAAGCACUUGAUGAUAAAGGUGGUGAAUUUUGGAAGCAAUACUGUGACACUUCAAGUUUCAAUUGUGGGAUUGGAGGUGAACUCUUUGCAAUCGUCCGGGUCGACAAAGACCGUAUUAACUUCAAGCAACGUGAUGGAUGAGAAUUCUUUCCAAGUUCCCAAUAAGGUUGUACCGAGUAAAGCUGACAUGGACGAUGUAGGGGAGGAAAUGGACGUUGUUCUUUCUCCUCAUUCUCUAACAUCACUCGACUUGUUAAUAGAUUCGGAAACUAUUCGGCUUGUGGGGUCUGAUCCUGUCGAUAAAUCUUCGUACUAA